CAUACGUGGGGGCGCGAGGCACGGGCCGCGGAGCAUCACCGACCGCCAUGUGUGUGUGAGUGUGUGUGUGUGUGUUUUAUAAUUCUUAAGAAAAAAAGAGAAAGGCAAAUAUAUGUGUUAUACAUGUAUGUAAAGUAAGGAAUCGGUAAAGGCGAAGGUGCACGAGGCAUUCCGAUGGUGCUGCGUCUGCGAGGUGCGUCUAGAGAUUAAAAAUCAUCUCUUGUUGUUUUUUUUUACUCCAGGAUAAAUAUUUUUUGGUGGCAACAAGUGGGAUUGUCGUUGUUGUUGUUGCUGUUGAAAGAAAAAUAAUAACAAUAAGAAAUAAAUGGAGGAGCGGAAGGAAGCGCCCGAGCGCGAGAGCGCGUCCCCUCCGGUUCUAGCGCGCGAGGCGGCGCCGCAGGUCCACCGCACCACGAACUUCUUCAUCGACAACAUCCUGCGGCCCGACUUCGGCUGCAAGCGCGAGCUGCUCUCGAGCAGGGACAACGUGGUCGCGAGGCCGUCAUCGCGCGCGGAUUCCACCGCCGAGCACCGCACUUCAUCUUCGUCUUCGUCGUCAUCUUCAUCUCCGUCUUCCUCCUCUUCCUCUUCAUCGCCAUCGUCGUCGUCGUUGUCCAAGGUGCCACACGAGGGAAGCGCCAAGUGCCCGGACAGCGCGAGCCCCUCGGCGGUGAACGGCGCGAGCGGCGGCGGAGGUGGAGACGGAGCAGCGGGAGCAACGACGACGACGAGCACGAGCGCGAACACGCCGGUGUCCAAGGACUCACAACCGCUGCUGUGGCCCGCCUGGGUCUACUGCACGCGCUACUCGGACAGACCCUCAUCCGGACCGAGGACCAGGAAGCUGAAGAAGAAGAAGAGCAGCAAGGAGGACAAGCGGCCUCGCACCGCGUUUACGGCCGAGCAGCUGCAACGGCUCAAGGCGGAGUUCCAGGCGAGCCGCUACAUCACAGAGCAGCGACGACAGUCCCUGGCGCAGGAGCUCAACCUUAACGAGUCGCAGAUCAAAAUCUGGUUUCAGAACAAGCGAGCCAAGAUCAAGAAGGCGAGCGGCUACAAGAACGGACUGGCUCUGCAGCUAAUGGCGCAGGGACUCUACAACCACUCCACCACCACCAUCCAGGAGGACAAGGAGGACAGCGAGUAGAAGCGUGCAGGAACAAGCCGAGGAUGAGGAUUAAUCCUGGUUCAAUAAUGAUUAUAACAACCACAAUAAACCCAUUCAUAAUUUUCUUCUUCUCCGUGAAUUUUAUUUAAAAAACAAAACAGCAAAAACAAACAAAACAAACGAUUGGCACUACAGUUUGUCUAUCAGGGCUCCAAGCACCAAAUAUGCUGGAAACCUGUUAUCAUUAUUAUCAUUAUUAUUAUUAUUAUUUGGAGAAGAACAUAAUUUCCACCGAUCUCCUCUCCCUCCUCAUCUACUUAUUUAAUCACUUAAUGAUAUAAAAAGAAAGACGCUAAGGACAUUUUUUUAAUGGACGCUGACCCAAAGCGACCUUUUGACACGAAGAAGCGGACAAGAAUUCCUUAUUUAAUUCUGUACAAAUUUAUGGACUCUAUGAAGAUUUCUAUGAAUAUAAAUAUAAAUAUAAAUAUAUAACAGCCAAAAUUGUAAGAUGUAUAUAUUUAAAAUUCAGGUAAGGUUAAGACAUGUGGUUCUUCCUUACUUGCUGGCAUUUUUUGUUCUUUCUUUCUUUCUUUCUUUCUUUCUUUCUUUUUUUAACAGUCCUGUGUCAUACUUUUUAGAUUUUUUUGUGAUUGCACUGUCCUACAUCAUUUUU